AAAAUGUGUAGCUUUGCAUUUUUGCAUAUGCUGACUCAGUCAAAGCACAGAUAAAGCACUAAGUACCAGUGACUUGAGACCCAGAAGGAACCUCUACGUUCUAAGAAAGGUUCACAUUUGAUCCUAUUUGUAGACUGCUGUGAAGAGUGUACAAUGACCGCAUUGCCUCUCAAAAAUGUUCUCAUCACAGGAUGCUCCUCUGGAAUAGGAUUAGCCAUCGCUGUAAAGCUAGCCAAAGAUGAGCAAAGGAGAUUCAAAGGUAAAUUGUGUGUUCUAUUUACUAUGAUGCAGAACUAUGUACUUAUUAAAUGGGACGUUGCGCUCAACUGAAAAGCACAUUUGCAAAUUGUAGGCCAAAAUUUCAAAGUUGAGAAAAUGGCUAGUUGGAAGGAUUUUAAUUCUCCAUUCACUGUUUAGAAAAUAAAUCUCAGGGUGAUUUUCUCGGUGUGUAAGAAUUAAUUUUAAGUCUAGUUAUAUAUCCAUAAAUGUCCAAUUUAUUAUUACUUUAAUAAUGUUUUCUAGACAAACAAUGAUCCAAAGCUUUUAAAUAUGGUGUGUACACUUCUUAGUUUAGUUUUUUAAGCACGUUUAGUUAUACAGAGCUUCUCUCCACAGAGAACACAGACACACACUCUUGAAUUAGGAUAUUACCAUAACCCAGCUUAGUGGUAUUCAUUAUAUCAAGGAUGAAAGGCUCUGAGCUCUGUCCAGGAAUACAGCCAGUGACUUAAACAUCAAAACAGAUUCUGUAGUUUGGUUCAUUAAUUAACUGAGCUAUAUAUCACAAGCCUUGAUUAAUUAAUUAACAAACCUGCCUGUUUUUAUUGCAAAUUUGACAUUUUAUUCUAAGAUAACAGAAUUAAGAGCUCAGCAGCCUCUAUGGACUUAUCAGCUUUUAUGUGUGACCUAAUGAAGAUAUCUCUUGAGUCUUCAAAUGCAUACCAAGUUCUAUUAAAGGGAUACUCUGUGCACCAUAACCACUACAGAGUAUCCCCUUAACCACUUAAGUACCGAGCACUUUCACAUCAUUUAUACAUAUAUGGGCAAUUAAAUACUGAAAAUAUUAUGGAGGCUUAGCCCUACUAAAGAGUUAAAAUCUUUUGCUGCUCAUUGUAAGGUGUUCAGUGUCGACCAAUUAUAUUGCCUUAUGUAAAGGAAUGAUUUAUAAUUUAGUUUAUAAACCAAAUAUGGCACGAAAAUAAUUAUUAUAAAGGUCCUCACCUCUCAGAGAGUCUCAGAAUACCACCUGAUCUCGAUUUUAGAUUCCAUUAAACUAUGCCCCUCGUUCUAUCACGUUUCUAACAUGUCUGUUUCUAACAACAUGAAACUAAUCAUUAUAUUAAAUAUCCUCCAAAGAGUCAUUUUCCACUAGUGAACUCACCCCAUAACUGUUCAUUGACACUGGGUGCCCUUUUUUAUUUGCAAUCCUUUUUUUUAUGUUGUGCUUGAGAUAUCAAAUAACAGAUAAUCUUGCUGUGCCACAACAGCAGUAGCAAGCAUGUUGAAUACAAUUUGACAAUUCAUUGAAUUAUACAUGGAUCAUGAGAAGAGUGACUUGUAAUAUGAAUUUGUAUGGUCGAUACGUUAAAUUAUUGCCUUCUCCUCUACUCAAUGUCAUCGCUGGUUUAGAGGUCACGGAAAUAGGAGGCCGAAUUCACAAAUUGAGGGAAUGCAACACCGUCAAAACUGUGUUGAAGUGUUCUCCUCACCAGGGCCUACCUUGAUCAACAGCUGAAUAACUCUUUGAAUAAACAAAUAUUUUAUAUAAAUAUUACAGUCCGGCAAUGCUUUGAAUUUCAAAUUAGUUUAACACAGGUCAACAAAGCAUCUGCUAAUAUUCACAGUAACCACCUCGAUGAAAACAUGUACAACUUGAGUUGAAGAAUACCCCCAAAUAAACAUGCUGUUACAAAGACACAGAUUACUGCAUUUUAUUUUUCAUACCUCACAAAUACAUUGCUAAAAAUCAGAAGGUACAGUUUACCAUUAAUCUGGAGAAUAAUUGUAUAUUAUGUUUACAGAGGAUAUUUUUGAGUAUGGAGAUGUAUUUUAACCCCUUAAGGACUGAGGCAGUUGUACACGUUGUGAUCAAAGAAAACGUAAACAAAACCUUGAAUUUGCGCUAUUAGUCUGUUCAGGCGUAAUUCACCUCUUUCAUAUUAUGUGCACCCACACUUAUUAUAUAUAAUUUUAUUCAGGAGAAACAGGGCUUUCAUGUGACAUCAAAUAUUUGUAUUAAACAUAAUUUAACAUGAACAAAAUAUAUUUUAAAAAAUGAGAAAUUAAGAAAUUUUGUUAUUUUUUUAGUUCUGCGCAGCAUUUUAACUGCGAAUGUCACAAUACUGUUAGCUGUUACUGCGAUAAAGUACACAUAUUUGUAUUCAGUGAUGUCUCACAAGUAAAACAGUACCCCCAAUGUACAGGUUUUAUGGUGUUUUGGACAGUUACAGGGUCAAAUAUAGCAUGUUACAUUUUUCAGUUUAUACACAAUGAAAUUUGCCAGACUUGUUAUGUUGCUUUUGAGACCAAAUGGUAGCCCAGAAAUGAAUAUUACCCCCCUGAUAGCAUACCAUUUGCAAAAGUAGGCAACCGAAUGUGUUACAAAUGGGGUAUGUCCAGUCUUUUUUAGUAGCCACUUAGUCACAAACACUGGCCAAAGUUAGCAUUCAUAAUUGUUUGUGUGUGAAAAAUGCAAAAAACUAAAUUGAACGCUAAUUUUGGCCAGUGUUUGUGACUAAGUGGCUACUAAAAAACUGGACAUACCCCAUUUUCAAUACCUUGGGUUGUCUGCUUUUACAAAUGGUAUGCCAUAAUGGGGGUAAUUCUCAUUCCUGGGCUACCAUACGCUCUCAAAGGCAACAUAACCAAAGCAAAUUUAAAUGUGAAAAAAAAAAGAAAAUUCAAGCCUUAUAUUUGACACAGUAUCGUUUGAAAACACCAUAAAACCUGUACAUGGGGGGUACUGAUAUACUCUGGAGACUUUGCUGAACACAAAUAUUAGUGUUUCAAAACAGUAAAAGGUAUCACAACAAUGAUAUCAUCAGUGAAAGUACAAUUUGUGUGUGGAAAAUGCAAACAAAAAUGCAUUUUCACUUACGAUAUCAUCGUUGUGAUAUGUUUUACUGUUUUUAAACACUGAUAUUUGUGUUCAGCGAAGUCUCCCGAGUAAAACAAUAUCCCCCAUGUACAUGUUUUAUGGUGUCUUGGAGAGUUACAGGGUUAAAUAUAGGGCUUGCGAGCCAGCUUUUCUGGACUUUCUGCCUGGGUUGCCGGGCAGGUCCCUCAGAUUGUAAUUAAUAAAAUGACUUAUGUAAAAAUAUUAUAUAAAUAUAUUUGUAGAAUUUAAAUAUAUAUGUCUUGAGAAAAGUCUAUUGUGACUGAAACGUCGACAUUUUUGUAUUCUGCACAAUAAAGCAGUAUUUAUUUUGAUAUAAAACGAAGACUCCAGAGUGCUCUCUACUUGGAUGCUAUAUAUAAAUUAUUUUUAUUUAUAUAUAGCUAUAUAUAAUUAGAUAGAUACAUAUAUGUAUUUAUAACGUCAUUCUAAAUGUAUUUUAAAAUUUAAUAUAUAUGUAUAUUAAUAUCAAAAUACAUUAGAACAAAUUAAAACCGAUAUAUAAUUUUUUUUUACAUUUAUUAUUAUUUUUAUUUAUUUAUUUCAAUUUAUUUAUUGAUUACUUUUAUUUAUAUAUAUAUAUAUAUAUAAUUAUAUAUAUAAUUAACAUAAUUAUUAAUAUUAAUAUAUAUAAUUUUAUAUAGAUGUAAAAAACAGAUAAAAUUCUUAUCUUGUAAUACCUUUUUUAUUGGACUAACAGAAUUUUUUAAUGACAAGCUUUCGGGAGAACCUCCCUUUCUCAAGUCUGAAGCAUUUCUGAGCAAAACGACACAUAGAAUUCAAAGUUGAGUUGAGAUACAGGGGUUAAAGCGACAUGAGUGUAGAUAAGACACAGGUUUGUUAGAAAAUAGACACCAUCUUAGCAGAGGGACUACAUCACUGGACUAAUACGGCUACAAUCUCUACUUAAUUUUAUAUAUAUAUAUAUGUAUAUAUAUAUAUAUAUAUAUGUGUGUGUGUAUAUUAAUAUUAAAAUGCACUUAGAAUAAUAGUUUAUGUAUGUGUAUGUACAUAUAAAAGUAUUUGGAUAUUAUAUAUAUAAAUAUAUAUAUGAUCCAAGUACUUUUAUUUACUUUAUUAAACUUUUUAUUAACUUUUAUUAACUUUAUAAACUUUUUUACAGGCAUUAGGGGGACAGCCUGAGAGCUCAGGUAGUCCCCCUGCAGGCACUGCAUAAACCGGCUAUUCCGACCAUGUGAUCGCAAGGACCCCACAUAAGACUUUUUAUUCCUUAAUGUACAUGUAACAGUAGUUUUUGAUGUGUGCACUUUAAAUCUUAAAUAGAUUGAUAUUUUCUAGACUGUAUUUUUAAAGGAUCACUAUAGGGUCAGGAUGGCAAACAUGUAUUACUGACCCUAUAGUGUUAAAACCACCAUAUAGCUCCUCUUACCCACCCCUAAAUAUAGUAAAAUGUUACUUGUAUUCUAAUCUGCAGCUGCUGCCUCUGCCACUGAUCUGCCUGAUUGGCUGACAUCAUCAGAAGUGGUGGUCUGUUCCAUUCACAAGGCUUCCCCAUAGGAUUGGCUGAGACUGUCAAGGAGGCAGAUCAGGGGCAGAGACAGCACAAGUGAAAUAUAGUCCUGGCCAAUCAGCAUUUCCUCAUUGAGAUGAAUUGAAUCAAUGCAUCUCUAUGAGGAAAGCUCAGUGUCUGCAUGCAGAGGGUGGAGACACUGAAUGUCAGUGCUGCACACUGAGCAGCACUGCCCCAGGAAGCACUUCUAGCAGCCAUCUGAGGGUGGCCAGUGGAGCUAUCACUAGGCUGUAAUGUAAACACCACAUUUUCUCUGAAAAGACAGUGUUUACAGCAAAAAGCCUGAAGGGAAUGAUUAUAUUCACCUGAACAAAUACAAUAAGCUGUAUUUCAUCUGGUCACUAUAGUGUCCCAUUAAUGUUUGGUUAGAAUAGCAUGAACAUUUAAAUAUAAAGGACAUAUCAAUCACCUCGAGACUUGCAUAUAGUUUUAGAAGCAAAGUACACAUUAACAGCCUUAAAAAGGUUUAGAAAAACAAAAUACCAGCCCUGUUGAGCCUUAUUUUGAUAAUCUUUCUAAAAACGUACCAGAGAUUAUUUAUGUUCUUCUAAAAAUAUUAGGGAAUGGGAAGGUUUAUUUCAAAGAUAGGUUGCACUUGUAUUGUACUUUGUUAGGGUACUGGUCUCAAACAGUAUUUUAUUUUAUUAACUCUCUUUAACUCGCUGGUUCUUUAUAGUGUAUGCCACCAUGAGAAAUCUCUCAAAACAGGAUGAUCUAGUUGCAGCGGCUGAAGGAUGCAUGGGGAAAACUAUGGAGAUAAAACAGCUUGAUGUAUGCUGUGAAGAGUCCAUUAAGAACUGUGUUAGCAGCAUUCCAGACAGAAAAGUUGACAUUCUAGGUAAGUAAAACCAAUUAACACUGGUUGUCUUUCACCCCCGAUGAUGUCACACGCAGUCAAACAAUAAAGGGGAUUGGCAAUUGUAACAUCCCAAAUUUUGACACUAUCCAAACUGUGCGAUUUUACCUUAUGUAGCCAGAUCCCAAACGCAGAUAUAGCCAUACCCAUACAUACAGGCUGAAGAUGGAGAGACCUCUAGAUAGGGAGUGUCUGUAGAAUGAAAGGAAAAGGGCUGGAGAAGGCAGCACCCAAUGGUCAGGACAGGCAGUGCAGGUUCGGGAUCAGUAAUUAGAGCCAAGGGAUGAAGACAGACACUGUGGGUUUAUAGUCAAGGAUCAGGAUACAGACGUAUCAAUAUCCAUAAAAAAGUCAAGUCAUCGUUGCUGAUAUUAUAAAUCAGCACCAGAUAUGCCUAGCAAGCUUGUUUUUUGCACGUGAUGCUUUUACUAGUGAAUUAUGAUACACUAAUAAAGCAUGCAUUGUCCCAGGACCUUUCCUGGUUAAAUACUUUGUUAUUAUUAUUAUUAUUAUAGUGAAUUAUGGUACACUAAUAAACAGGGCCAUCUUUAAGGAGGGGCAAAAGGGGCAGCUGCCCCGGGCCCAGUUACUCCUGGGGGGCCCUAAGGCAGCUGCCCCAUGGGCCCCCUGCAGCACCUGAGGUAAUCAGGGGCCACAGCCCUUUAAUACUGCUCUGGACCGGGCCCUUGUAAUAUGGGGGUUGGCUGAAUACAAACACACAGAUAGCCCCUCACACACUGCCCUGUGAUCCCUUUUCUUCUCCGUGGCAUGCUGGGAGGCAGUGAGGUCAGAUUGCUUCCUCCUCAGUGCCGCUGGGGAGGAGGCACACACCACAUGGAGGAGGAUGCAAGCAUUGUUGGGGAGAGGGACUGAGAAAGCUGAUGGCAGACUCCCAUCAGCCUGGGCCAACAAGCUCCCACUGGACACCAGGGAAGCCACCUUUCUGUACCUAAAAGGUAAGGAGACAGAAGGGUGGCUAAAUAUGUUUUUUUUUUUUUGUUUUGCUUAUUUCUGAUAUCACUUUUAUUUGUGUGUUGGUGUUUGUAAUGUAACACACAGGGAAUAAGUACAUGUUAAAAAUCCUAGAAGAACCUGGUAGUUCCCUAUCAAAUAUAAAUUUUAAAAGUAUUUAUUUUAACAUAUUAUUGCAUCAAGUGUUAUCAAAGGCUGUAUACCAUUUCCAAAUGUCACUUUUGCCAAAUUCUGGACCAGGGUAUGUAAGAACAGAGUUGAGACAUUAUUAUGGCCAAGGUUGCUGGGAGUUGCUGUCCAAGAGCUGCUAGAAGGCAGAGAUUAAAAUAUGUAAAUGUACACAUAUAUGGCUGUGUGUGUGUGUAUCUGGCUGUGUUUAUGUCCUUGUGUGUAUCUGGCUGUGUUUGUGUCAGUGUGUGUAUCUGGCUGUGUUUGUGUCAGUGUGUGUAUCUGGCUGUGUUUGUCUGUGUGUCAGUGUUUCUGUGUGUAUGUAUACCUGUGUAUGUGUACUUGUGUGUCAGUGUGUAUGUGUACUUGUGUGUGUGUGUGUGUGUGUGUGUAUGUAUGUAUGUAUGUGUAAGUGUGCAUCUGAGUGUGUGGUAAUGCAUACAUCCCAGCAUUUUAAUGCCAACACAAAUACACUCCAUCUCUAGCACUGUACACAUAUACACCCCUGCAUUUAUACCUUUAUGUAUGUGUGUAUCUGAGUGUGUGUGUACAUACCUGUGCCAGUGUGUGUGUGUACCUCUGUGUGUGGAUGUGCCAGUGUGUGUGUGUAUCAAAGUGCUUGUAUCUGUGUGUCAAAGGGUGUGUAUCUGAGUGUGUGUGUGUAUGUGCCAAGGUGUGAGCAUGUGUCAGUGUGCCUAUGUGUGUAUCUGCGUGUUAAUGUGUAUGUGUAUAUGUGUUAUAGAAAUCACACAACAUGCAAACAGAGCCCUGCAAACACAAACAUUACAUACAAACACACCAGUUUGCUGAAACACCAAUACUACACACAAAUGUACACAACACUACAUCCAAACAACCCCCUGCAUGCAAAUACAAACAUUACAUACAAACACAUUCCUGUAUUAAAACACUAAAAUUAUAUACAAACACCAACUCUACACACAAAAGUACACCUGCAUUUAAAAGCCAACACUACAGACAAUUACACAUUACUGCAUUCAAACGCAAACACUACACACAAGUACACCACUGCAUUCCAAUGGUAACAGUACAUACAAAUACACCCCUACAUUCACACAUACACUCUAUACAAUAACAUGCUGACAUUCAAUUGCACAAACACUGCUCAAAAAUACAACCCUGCAAGAAUGGUAGAUCCCCACCUGGCAUAGCAUCACAGGAGUUGUAUGACAGAUGGGGAUCUAUCUUUUCUUUACUCUUGUGCUACAGGGCAGGCCUGAAUUAUUAUUUUUUUUGCACCAAGGCACUCUCUACAUUAGUUUCGCCUCUAGGUUGGGGUGGAGGGAGUGAUUGCAUGCCCAGGGGGCCCAAGCAGAUGCUUGCCCAGGGUCCAAUCAAUAUUAAAGACGGCCCUGCUAAUAAAGCAUGCAUAGUGAAUUAUGAUACACUAAUAAAGCAUGCAUUGUCCCAGGACCUUUCCUGGUUAAAUACUUUGUUAUUAUUAUUAUUAUAGUGAAUUAUGGUACACUAAUAAAGCAUGCAUAGUGAAUUAUGAUACACUAAUAAAGCAUGCAUUGUCCCAGGACCUUUCCUGGUUAAAUACUUUGUUGUUAUUAUUAUUAUAGUGAAUUAUGAUACACUAAUAAAGCAUGCAUAGUGAAUUAUGGUACACUAAUGAAGCGUGCAUAGUGAAUUAUGGUACAGUAAUAAAGCGUGCAUUGUGAAUUAUGAUACACUAAUAAAGCAUGCAUAGUGAAUUAUGGUACACUAAUAAAGCGUGCAUUGUGAAUUAUGAUACACUAAUAAAGCAUGCAUAGUGAAUUAUGGUACACUAAUAAAGCAUGCAUAGUGAUUUAUGGUACACUAAUAAAGCAUGUAUUGUGAAUUAUGAUACACUAAUAAAGCGUGCAUAGUGAAUUAUGGUACACUAAUAAAGCAUGCAUAGUGAAUUAUGAUACACUAAUAACACGUGCAUUGUGAAUUAUGAUACACUAAUAAAGCAUGCAUAGUGAAUUAUGGUACACUAAUAAAGCGUGCAUUGUGAAUUAUGAUACACUAAUAAAGCAUGCAUAGUGAAUUAUGGUACACUAAUAAAGCAUGUAUUGUGAAUUAUGAUACACUAAUAAAGCGUGCAUAGUGAAUUAUGGUACACUAAUAAAGCAUGCAUAGUGAAUUAUGGUACACUAAUAAAGCGUGCAUAGUGAAUAAUAGAAGUCCCAUGGUCCCUCCCACAUUAUUUGCCCCAGCCAUCCCACCCGUCUCUUCUUGAUCUAUCCCUCCUUCUAUUUCCUUAUCACUCAAUCUGUCCUUCACUCGCACCCCAUCACUUGUCAUAUCCCUCGCUCCUUUACCCUUCACUCUCUCCCUCCCAUUUCACUGUCCUCAUCAGUCCAUCCUAUAUCAUUCCAAUGCCAUAUAAUUUGCCCUAAACCCUUCCUGGUGUACCCAAAACUAAAAAAAACCUUUCCCUACUUUUCUUUUCCUGGUGGGAGGGGUCCUCAUUUUUAUAAUGUCAACAUAUUUUACAGCACGUUCCAAAUAUACAUUAUAAGCAUUAUUAUAUGCAACAGUGAGUAAUUAGAAAAUGAGCUUCCUAGAUACAAAGAAGAAGAGGUGAAAAAGGCCGUGCUGAAACUAGCAUUCUACUACAAUAAUUAGAUGAUGUGCAAAAUAUCUAGAAAAUACCUGUAAAAUAUACACAUUAAUAACACCUUACAAUGAAAUACAGACACAACUAAAAACAGUGUAAUAAAAAUAGUCCCCAAAUUUACAUAUCUCGCUCACAAACUACGUUCACCAUGUUCAAAUGGGAUUUAUAUUUUAAAUGCCAGCAAAAGUAUUGGUUUUAAUAAAUUGGUAUAUCAUUUAGAGCUGACUUUUUUCCGGUCUUCUUUUCCCAUGUAACCGAAGAAUUACCUCAAUCACACAGUUAACCAUUGUGCACCAUGUGUCUUGUCAUAGACGGCUGGUGAAAUUUAAAGGUCGUAGAUAGCUGCUCUCGGACGUAACCUCAUGUACUCAGCCAUUGAUCCGAUGUAACGUCAUGCCCUGUUCAACAACUAAAUCUGUAGAUACACAGUUUUGGGAAACAACCAAUUUCCCUUUUCGACUCCAAUCCCUGUUUCUCAUGCCCAAUGUGAGUCCUAGAACACUGGACAAUAUGGAUGCCUGUCUUGGAGAUUUUAUCUAUAAAAAUGUUUGUUUUUUUAUGAAACCCCCCCAAAUCUUGAUAUGAGUAGUUGCUGAGCUUCUCAGUAGCAAUAAGCAGAAGGAAACUGGAUGAUCAUUACAGAUCUAUCAUGUCUUUUGUUAUUUGAUCCUCCUAUAGGGCACUAAGUCGAGUAGCUUAUAUGACAAUCAGCAUUUUAGUGUUUAUUUCAUUUAAGGUGCUAUGAAAGAGAAUGUCGGAGUUAUUUAUUAAGAAGUAUAUAACUUUUUGGUUUUUUAACAGUUUUUUUUUUAAUUCUUUAUUUAAUCGUGCAAAUAGGGUACACAUAGGCAAUCAAUGCCCCAACAGCUGUUGCUAGCUUAACAUUCAACAUUAGAAAACAUUUGUUGGCAUCUAUUAACAUAGCACUUUUUAUAUUUUAUAAGUACAUUAUACAAGACAUAUUUAAAUAUCAGCCAGUGAGUCCCUUGUGGGUGUGGUAAGAGUGGAAGUCAGUUUGGUGAUACCCACAAUGGGGUUGUGCCUCCUUCCUAUAGACUAUGUGUGUGGUGCAUUAGAAUUGGUUACCUGGCAGGAGGGGGGUGGUAGGGAUUUGUUAGCGAGAGUGUUUACUCUGCCAUGCGGUGUGUUGGGCAACAGUUAACAAGUGUUAAUACAUCCUCUCUUUGUGCUUUCGUAGUGCUUGCUUAUGAAACUGCUUGGGUUGAUCACAUAAUAGGCUAAUAGACUUUGCAAGUAUUUGCGCAAUAAGAAAGAAGAAAAUAAUUUUAUUUUUUUUUAAAAAUAAAAAAAUUAGUAGGUUUGAAACAGAAACAAAGGAGAACAUAGAUGUAUAUAAAAUUAAACAUUCUCUAACUUUGGUAGACAUGGUGUGUGAUGAUGGUGGAAUACAAAAGUCCCCUUGGGUGGUUCAGCUUUUGCUCCCUCAAGUGGGUGAGCUGUUAGGUGAGACUCUGUGUUUUCCUCUCAAGGUAAAUUCCCGAAUGGUAGCCGGGUUCAGCUGGGACAGUCCCGUUCCAGUCGGCGGUAAGGCCCGCCAUACUCCUGUUGAUUGUAGGUGUGCUUCCAGCUCCUGAUAUCCAUGUGCUCUGUGGGUAGUCCCGUUAUGUGUAAACAUGACAACUCGUGGUGUACCCCAUCUGUAGGGAAUUUCCUUGGCACGAAGGUGUUCCAGCAAUUUCCGCCAGGUUAGGGUGCUUCUGGUGAGGUCUGGGAAGACUGUAAUUGAGUAGCCCUCGAACGGUAUGGGAGCUUUCCCUCGCAAAGCCGCUAGGAGUGAGGCUUUGUCUGAGAGGGUUUGAAAUCUGAGGAUGUCAGCCGUUGCUGUUGCCGGCACUCUAGCUGGUUUAGGUAGCCGGAACAUACCAUCUAGCUUCAGGGAUUUUGCCAGCUUUGGUGGGAGCAAGCCUCCAAUGAAGCGCCGUAUGUAGUGGGGCAGGUCAGCGAUGUCGACCGAGUAGGUAUCCCCCUGACUUUCAGAUUGUAUCGCCUUCUCUGAUCCUCCAUAGCGUCUAGCCUAUCUGAUGUGGCUGGUUGCUGCCGUGUCAAGUCUGCUACCUGCUGUUCCACCUUGCUAAUUCUGGUGUAGUGGUUACUGGAGUGGGCCUCCAGCUGUGAGAUUUUUGAUGCGGCCCCUUCAAUGGCCUCUUUAAAGCAAGCCAUGUCAGUUGCUAGGUCUUUGCGGAGAUCUGCCAGCAUCCUUUUAAUUUGGUCUGCAGUGACCGGGUCCCCAGUCUUCUGUGGUGCUGUUUUGCGGUCUGUUGUGGGCUCAAAGGGUGUUCCUUCCAGGAGGUCUGAUGCGAACUCCUCCUCCGAGGAGGAGGUGAGGUCGCCGGCAAGCGCCAUUUUGGACUACGCUGCUUGAUGUGGUAUCAUAUUUUAUAUGUUAGUUAUUACAAUCUUAUGUACUAUCAAAGUAUAAAAGCACGAAGACAUGUAAGAACAGUACUGGUUAUAAGUGUGUGGGAAGUUUGCGAUAACUGAGCAGCUAUUCAGUUAGCUGAAAAGCAACCACAGCAAGAAAAAGUGUAACCACAACAGGGCGGUUAAAUAAACAGGAGAGACAGCUUAGGGAAACAGAAAAAAAAGUUAUCAGGAAGCAAACAAACCAAAUAAAGACAGGCACUGAUGCUAACAAAACAUUAAGGCCACAUAUUAAUAAAAGGAUUAUGUUAUUUAGUUUACAUCUUUCAUGUUAUGGUUGGUGUCUCCUACAGUAAGGUCAGGAAGAAAUUAUCUAAAUUUUUUUAUUAGAUAAAUAAAAUAAAUAAUAAUAAUUACACAACCGAAUGUGUAUCUAUUUCCUUCUGUUCUUUAUCAUAAAUGUAUAUUUAUAACUAUGUUUUUAGCCAUGUUUACUGAUAAUGGGUCAAUUUUAUCAUUUAUUCAGAUUUAAAAAAAUAAUAAUUUAAGGUUAUACAUUAAAAACCACUUUGGUUUAAUAUAUUUGGAUAAGCUUUUCAAAUAAUUUAAUAUUUUUGGUUAAACUAAUUUUUUUUAAAUUUUUCCCCACAAAAUACUAAAAUAAAAAAAGUAUAUAAAAAAUAUGUCAAACUAUGUAAAAAAAAAAAAAAUCUAUAUAUUAAAAGAUUACAUCAUUUUAAAAGUUUACCCAAAAAUAUUAAAUCAAUUAAAAAGCUUAUUAAGUAAUAUUAAAUCAAGGUCUAAAUGUGAAUGUAAAAAAAAGAGAGUGGAAUAGCCAAGCUUAUGAAUGUAGCCAAUAUGUAUUUCUUUCCAAAUUAGCUAUUUUAGCCUAAAUCUUAUAAUUCAGAUUAAAUUUCUUAAAUUUGAUGAAAAAUUAAUAACUCUGCAAAUACCAUCUGAUCAAUUUAUCACAUUUGCGUGUUGUCCUAAUGUGUCUUAUACCCUACCUCCUAUAGACUGUAAGCUAAUUUGAGCAGGGUCCUCUUCAACUUAUCGUUCCUGUUAGUUUUCUUGUAAUUGUCCUAUUUAUAGUUAAAUCCCCCCCUCUCAUAAUAUUGUAAAAUGCUACGGAAUCUGUUGGCGCUAUAUAAAUGGCAAUAAUAAUAAUAAUAUGAUAUUUUACGGUCAGUAACAUUUUGCUGUAAAAAUAAGACCUAUAGCUGCUGAGGUUACAGUUAACAAAAUUAAUGAUUCAUAGAGGAGCAAUAAAUCCCAGGCUGGUACAGUGAGCUUUCUUGUUAUCACAGCUGGUAGAAGUCUGUGUACACGCAUGGCUUUAACCCCUUAAGGACACGACACGUGUGACAUGUCAUGAUUCCCUUUUAUUCCAGAAGUUUGGUCCUUAAGGGGUUAAACAGCAGAUAAUUUUCGAUGUUCUUGACUCCGAGACUUAAAAUGGAAAUCAGUCUAGUCUUCAUGAUAAUUAGUACGAAUUAACAAGUUGCCCACAUUAGAACAAAUUUGUUACAUUUGAUGCUUUAGAAUAAUUAUCCUGAUUUAAUCUUUAAUCCCUGAUCCCGUUGGUCGAUAUUAGUGUCGAGGGUCUUAGAUUUAUUUAUUUUUUGUCUGAAGGUCAUGGAUUAUAUUCUAAAACAUAUAUUUAUUUAUUUUAUUUCCAUUCUUUAUUAUUUUUUCAACAUAUAAACAUACAUCAUCGUCAUGCAUUUUACAUAAAUUUUUUAUUAAAUCUUUAUUACAUUUCAAUAUAUGGAAAUCCUGUUUAAAUAUAUAUAUAUAUACAUAUAUAUAUAUAUAUAUAUAUAUAUAUUAAAAUGUAUAAAAUGACACUUACACACAUUAGAGGCGUUCGGCGUGGGGAUCCCCCCAUCUUUUGAUAGUCGAUAAAAGUUGCCUGCUUAAACAAAACACAUACACAUGUCAAAAUUUUAGUGUGUCUGCUUGAAACCAGAUUUCUGUGCUUUUAAUUGUAUCUAUAAACUCACAAUAUUUUAUUGUAGGUUGUGUUCUCUGAGAUAAAAAUGAAAGUCAGUAAAAUAUAUUCAACAUUUUUCAUUUUUAAUAAAAUUAAAAUUAAAUGGAUACUUAAGGCAUGAGGAUUUCAGUAAGAAAAAACAAAUAUGCAAGGUAUGUUCAUUUCUUUAAAAAGAUUUUUACCGGGAAGGAUACAUUGAGAUAGAUCUCAUUUUCAAGGAUGUCCCGGGCACACUAACACUGCAUCGUUACAAUAGGGUACAAUAAAAUAUAAAAAAUAAUAUUAUUACACAACACAUAUAUAAUUUGAACACAGAACAGAUAAUAAAUAUAAUCAGCCAUGUAUACAGAUACAUUCUGUUUUGAGAUAUGUAGAGAGGGAUCUCUAAGGCUUGGGGAAGAUUGGAAAGUGUUCGGGAGAUUAUUCCAUAAUAGUGGGACUCUGUAGUAAAAUGAGGAUCAAGCUGCUUUCUUUUUGUAUUGAGGUAGACUAAAUAAAGUGGUGGUACUGGAUCAUCGCAUCAGAUGUACCAUGUCUUUUGAUCCUCCUAUAGGGCACUAAGUUGAACAACUUAGUGCCCUAUAGGAGGAUCAAAUGACAAAAGAACAGCCGGAGAGAGGAUUCUGCUCAGGUAGGGUGAGAGCUUCCCCAAAAAGCCCUUAAACACAAGGCUGUAAAGAUGAAGGGUGUGUCUGGAUUCAAGCGAUACCCAAUUUAGUUCUCAACGUGUCAUAAUGGUGAGUCAUGAAGUAUUGGACCUUUGGACUAGACUAUACACUUGCACUUGUUUAAUGGUUUAUUUUUGUUGUCUUACUACUAACGUGAUCAGCUAAAGUAAAAAUGACAAAAAACUAUUAAAUUAAUUCACAAUUCUCGGAGACCAUGAAUUAACUCUAACAUUCUAAUUCAGACAAUUGAUUCUAGGUGUGCAAUGCUUUAAUAUCAACUAAUCACAGAAGAGUACAAAAAAAGCCUUCCUAACUGUAAUUACUGGGAUAGAAAGAGAUUGCUAAGAUUCCAGACCAGACUAAAGAGAUUUGCUUGUGCCAGAGAAAACCAGAAACUGGACAAACACCAUAAAAGUAAAAUGUCAGUCUUGUGAACUUGAGUGAAAUUUUGAAAUGUCUGAAUUUAGCUGUUCAGUACAGUAAGACUAAAAGACAGUGAUCACGGGAGAACGGGCCACUUCAUACAAAGUCAUUGUGUAUUUUGCUUUAAUGAGGUCAUCAGGUCUAUGGACAGUCCAACUAGUAAGGCUUGGUGAUCGUAACAGAAUUCUGAGGCACACCACUAUUUCAUUUGAAUCCAUGGUAACUGUAUGCUUCUUACUUUAUGUUUGCAGUAAGCAAUGCCGGAAUGGGGCUCAUAGGCCCAAUCGAAUGCCAGACUGUAGACCAAAUGAAAACCGUGAUGGAUACAAAUUUCUUUGGUCUAGUCCGUCUCUUGAAAGAGAUAUUGCCAGAUAUGAAGAAAAGAAAGAGUGGACAUAUAGUGAUUAUUAGCAGUGUUAUGGGAAUACAAGGUAUGGUAACAUCUGUCUGCACCUAUAUCCCUGCUACCCAAUCUAUGCACAAAAAGGUUGUUACCCCUCCUUGGCUGUCAAUCAAAGUUAACCUAUAAAAGUGCCAAUUUCUAUUGAAAUUUGCACUUUUUGUAAAAUUAAGACAUACUGCACACAUAAAGCAUUUCAGCAAGUGCUCUAGGGGUCUAUAGUGUCCCUUAAAUAACAAUUUUAAAAAACUUGGAUCUGCAUGUGCAAGUUUAACAUCUCUGUUGAGAAAUUAUUGUUGUUCCAUACCACAGCCUUUUAACAUCUAGCUUUUCUAGGUAAUUAUUUCUUAUUGUAAUUAAUGAUUUCUUUUUAAGGGAAAAGUGUCAUCAGAUUUUAUUGUGUCACAUUCUACUGUUAUUUCACUAACUGCUGGGCAACCUAACUUGCUGUUGCUGCAGUUUCACACAAAGCAGCAGCAGCAAGCAAGCAAGUUAGGUGGAGCAGCAAUUAAUUAGAUAGCAGUAGAGCCUGAUCCAACAUGGCUGUCAGAUACAAAAAAAAUAUAAAAAAUAAUGUCAUUAAGUUUCUUUAAAUGCAAUAAACAUUCAAAAAAACAACAAAAAUUAAUUCAAAUUCUAAUUACUGUUAAAUUUAUUAUAUCGCUUUGUUAGCGUUAAAUUAUAUUUUUUAUUACGAACAACAAGUUUUUGGAAGAAAUUAAUUCUGAAGUUAUGUUUAUAUGAAAUAUAUUAUACUGUAUUGUGUACGUACUUUCCAUCGUAUGACUGAUUAUAAAUCAAUGGUAAAAAUAAAAAUGACUAUAUGUAUAAUGUUCAUUAAAAGAAUUGGUUUUAUUUCAGGUAUAUUGUUUAACGAUGUAUAUGCUGCCUCAAAGUUUGCUGUUGAAGGCUUUUGUGAAAGUCUAGCGAUUCAAGCCCUGAAAUUCAAAUUGCAGUAAGUGUUGCUCUCUGUGCAGUUUUAUCGAUAAUUAGUGGCGGCUGCUGACAUUUUAAGGUGGUGGGGCAGCAGACGCAUGGAUUUGACAAAACAUUUUUUUUUUUAAAUAUAUAUCUUUAUUUUUAUUUUUCCUUUUAUCAUUACAAUGAAAUAAAAAAAUAUAAAAAUCCAUCACCUAUCCAUAGGGGCUGAUUAUCCAUUCCUACAAAACAAUACAACAUUGGUAGUGUUACUGAAAUAUUAAAUAUAAUAAAACGUUUUUGAAUAAGAACAAGUAACUACUUUACAAACAAAGGAUCGAGAAAAAAAAAAGUCAUCAAGAGUCCCCAACUAAUUUCGAACCCUAAUUAUUUUCCUUUUUUAUUUAUCUAUUACUGAUCACAUUACUUAUUGCAUUAUCCCAUUUAUCCCACAAAUCGGAUGUUUUGUCUUAGAAUAAAAUUUUCUUUGCAUUUUCAAUUUCUAGCAACUAUUAUUUUAACAGCAAUCAGACAUUCGGUUAUUAAAAAUUGGUCCGUUAUAUUUAACUUGGGACAAUUUAGAUGUAGUAAUAUUAUCUACGGCUUGCUAAUUUUACCCUACAUUAGUGGAAUAUAAUUCUUUGGGCCGAUACCCAUAUUGGAGGCAUUUUCCUACGAGUCCACCAUUUAAGUAGGUAAUUGCCUCUUUGUUUAUUACAUCUCCAGCCGUUUUCAUUUUGGGUAAGUGAUAUUUUAGAUAUUCUUUUUGGAACCAUAUACCAUGGGUUAAUUCAUUUAAAAUGGGUUUCAAUAAGCGAAAGCGAAUGUACUUGCUUGCUCACCUUCUAAUAAGAAGAAAAUCACUCUUCUUCAUCUAUAUCUAUAUUCAGAGUUUUGGUCCAUGGUUUUAUUGCUGGCGAGGUGAUAGUUUUUUUGUUCUCUUCUAUCAGACUAGCACAUCGGGAAAACCGAUGUUUUGAGCUGCUACUUUGAAGUAUUCUUUUCAUUAUUAGAUAUAUAUUUCGUUUUGAUUCUAUUCUUAUUUUGUCAAUAUCAUGUUUAACUCUCGUGUAAGAGAAAAUUAGUUUUUUAGCCAGCUGGAAUUCCUCUGCUAAUUUAUCAAAAGGUUUCAAUACAUUAUUUGAUAAUAAGUCUAUGAAUUUAUAUGUUUCCACUUUUUUAAAGAGAUGGAAUUCACUGCGAUUCCUAGUACAUCUAGAGUUUGGAAAUGGAAGAUCAGAUUUGUCAACCUAAAUCUCAAUUUGAUUUAUAAUAAUAAUUCAGAUUAUUUAAAUUCCAGAUUAGAUCUAAAGGGUUUUUGCUUUGAUUUGACUAAACAUCUUUAAUCCUAAAUGAAGACUAUUCCAUAUAGAGGGUAUUAACCAUAUAAAUAUAUUCCUAUAAAGGAGUUGGGUAAGUUGCAAAUCCUUUUUUCACCCCCAACAGUAAACCUAUUAUCACUAAAUGCUUUUUUCCCUAUGUGGUGUAAAAAUGAGUUUUAGAAGUAGCUGUUUUAAUCUUUAUUUUGAUCAGAUUUCCUCCUCCUCCUCUGAUUGCAUGUCAUUUCCCUCUUUGCUUUCUCCCUGCUUCCUGUAUUUCAGCCAGACUGCCACUAAUGGCUAUGCUCCAUGGAUUCUCUAUGAGUAUCAUUAAUGACACACUUUACUGGGCGUGCCAGAGCUUAGUGAUGCAAUUUGCAUCCAUUAACACAUGCCCACAAUUAGGGAUCGACCGAUUAUCGGUCUGGCUGAUAUUUUGUAUUUUCGGCAAUAUCGGUAUCGGCCCAUAGAGAUACCGAAAUUGCCGAUAAUACAGACCAGGGGGCCCGCAGCAAGCUCUUACUUACCUUCCCAGCAGCUCCUUUCAGCUACCCUGUGUAACUCUGGCGAGUCCCACGGCUGUCAGAGCAUGGCACGCUGGCCGCAAGAUUUAGACAGGGGAGAUGAAGGGAGCUGCUGGGAAGGUAAGUAAGAGCUUGCUGCAGAUCCCCACUGCACAGUCCAUGCCACCGGACCACCAGGGAAUGCCAUAUCUACCCUCUCUGGCCAAGUAAGAAGCAUGGAGUGGGGACUAAAAAACAUUGAAUACUAAAAAAAAUUUUUUUUAAUGCCCCUCCAUUUUACACACAUUACAUAACUGCACAAACACACACACACACACUGCAUUAUAUAUACAUACUACACAUACGCAUUGCAGUCACUAUACACACACUACACAAACACACACUGCAUUCACUAUAUACACACUACACAAACACUGCAUUCACUAUACACACACUGCACAAACACUGCAUUAACUAUACACACACACUACACAAACACUCUGCAUUCACUAUACACACACACUACACAAACACUCUGCAUUCACUAUACACACACUACACAAACACACACACACUGCAUUUACUAUACACACACACACUACACAAACACACACAAUGUAUUCAUUGUAUACAUACACUACACAAACACACACACUGCAUUCACUAUACACACACUGGAUUCACUUUACGCGCACUACACACACACUGCAUUCACUAUACACACUACACAAACACACUCUGCAUUCAUUAUAUACACACACUGCUCAAACACACACACUCUGCAUUCAUUAUAUACAGACACUACACAAACACACUCUGCAUUCAUUAUAUACACACACUGCACAAACACACACACUCUGCAUUCAUUAUAUACACACACUGCACAAACACACACACUCUGCAUUCAUUAUAUACAGACACUACACAAACACACUCUGCAUUCAUUAUAUACACACACUGCUCAAACACACACACUCUGCAUUCAUUAUAUACACACACUGCACAAACACACUCUGCAUUCAUUAUAUACACACUACACACACAUACUACACAAACACACACUGCAUUCACUAAUCAAAUACUCUCACUGCAUCCACUACACACACAUAUAUUCUUGAAAACAUAAAGAAUUCUGACUAGCUAAAAAUCAAUAUCGGUCGAUCCCUACCCACAUAGCUUGCUCAAGCCUCCUCGGAAUCCUCAGCAUUCAGACACUAGAACUUACAAACCACAUCACACACAUGCACACAAACAUUUCCUCACCACAUUAGGCAUCAUAAAAUGUCAUAUGUUUAUUGUAAAUACAUAUAAAGAGACAGACAAAUUCAUAAAUACCUAUAGAGCUUUGUGUUAUCUCUUUAUCUCUCUCUCUCUCUCUCUCUCUCUCUCUCUCUCUAUAUAUAUAUAUAUAUAUAUAUAUAUAUAUAUCUGUUUGUCUGUCUGUCUAUAUCUCUAUCUAUCACUCUCAGGGACUGGCAGAGGAAAGGUUACCAGUGGGUACUGAGGUUCGCUGACAGGGACUGGCAGGGGAGGGGUUAACUGUGGGUAGAGAGAAUACAGGAGUUGAACUACAAGCUCAUAACUCAUUGGUACAGAACUCCCGAGAGACUCCACCGUAUGAACAUAGACACCAACGAUACAUGCUGGAGAUGCGGAAUGGACACAUAUGGUGGACAUGCCCUAAGAUAGAACCCCAUUUGGUGACAGAUCCACGAAGCAAUAAAAAUUUUUUUUUUAAAUUGCGGAUACAGACUUACUGCUCCAGCCCCUACCAAUGCUACUACCCCACACGACAUUCCCAUUGGCAGCAUAGAAACGGUCACUCACCCGACAUCUCUUAAAUGCAGCGAAAUCUCUCAACCCGAUAAGGUGGUGCACUGCGAACACCCCAACAUUACGGAGCUGGAUGGACAGGAUGGAGGACCUAUAUGAGAUGGAGACACUUACGGCCACACUCCACGGGAAUAUAGAGCACUGCUCACAGAUGUGGACUUCAUCUGCAGGCAGACCGGAGAUGCAGACUGGGGGGAGUGCGCUGGCGUGGCCUGGGAUGGGAGGGGGGGUGCUGCGGCGGGGGGACCCCAUUUGGUGCGCUCGCCGUCCCUUGUCCUCUUUGGCUCUUCUUGGCCUCUUUUUCAGCUCUUCACCCUUUCGCACCCACUUGGUCGUGAGCCUGCCUCUCGCGUCCAGUGGUCAGCUGAUGUCCUCCCCCCAGCUCUGUGGGCCCGGCUGGGUGGUACGGGGCCUUGGGGCGGUAGGAGCUGGCCGGGAGGGCUGGCGGGGGGAGACGGGGCCGCCGGGAUUUCAGAAAACUUGCUCAAGAGUUACCAGAAGGUGGGGAAGCGUUGAUCCAGGAUAUACGGAGACACACUCCAGACAAUCUCUAUUAUAAUGACACAUCCAGGGACACGGACACGGGUAACAAGCCAAAUACUAGGAAUACAGGCCCUAGAACACAGCAGAAGGGGGAGAAUUGAUACACGACUUCGACGGACAGACUCACACACGACCGACCACUCACGGAGCAGGGCCCAGUUGUAUUGCCCAUAUAUGACACAAUCACCCUGUCGCUGCGGGAUUGAACCUCUGCAUGUACCUUAGGUAGUACUAUAUGUCAGAGAGGAACAAUGUAUCAUUGCUGUGACUUACAUAAAACCAUUAUGGAACUAUCACUGUAUACCAUAUUGUUUGUGUUUACCUGUUUGCAAUUGACAAAACCAAAAUAAAGAUUGUCAAAAAAACAAAACAGUGGGUAGAGAGGCUGGCUGGCAGGGACUGGAGGAGAAUGUAUUACUUGCAUUACGGGGAGGGAGAGGAGCACAUAUGGGCACUAACCUUGUCUCACAGAACAGACUGCACUGCAAAGUGCAGUUUGUGCUGUGAGCAUAACUUACAUUAGACGAGACAUGCCGUUAUUGUAAAUGGCUGCAAAAGGUAUGUUUCUUUCAGAUAUUAGCAAUCAAUAACAUGUUGAAAUGUGAGAGGGGGGUGACUAAGGAGGCUGGGUUACAUUGCUGAACACAGUUACACAUUUGACAGCACUGUAGGAAAACUACACAGAAUUGAAAGAAAAGAAAGUAGCCAUAGGUAUUUGGAACUUAUUAGCUUUAGUUCAAGCAUAACUUGUUUAGCUGUCGGGAGUGUCCCUUUAAGUCAAAAUUGAAAUUACAAUUGUAAUACAGAUUUUUUGCCACAAGAUGUCACCAGAGAAUAACUUUUAAAAAGUAUUUUGCAGUAGUAUGCUAGAUAGAAUUUCUCUAGCAAUAAAUAAAUAAAUAAAGAGAUUUUCAGCUUUUACAGCAAUAAAAUAUUCACUAGAAGAGAUUCAUGAAGAGAAUUUGUUUUCAUUAAAAAGCUAAAUAAAACAAAAACAAACCCCCAUUAAAUUAUUAAAGAGAAAUAAAUGAGCAGCUAGACCAGUGUCAUGGCUGCUUUAGUGACAGGCACCUGCUGUUACAGUGGUGCCUGACACUUUGUGGCCGGGUUGCUGGGCUCAGAGUCUGAGAGGUAUAUUACAAUAAGGCAGGCACCACUUCAAACAUUGGAUGCCUUACAUUAGUGUGGAGGGGGGAUGACGACGACUAGGGAGACCAAAUAGCAGGCAUUGCUGCCUGAAUGGUUCAAAAUUCAAAGGAGAGGAGAAGAAAUACAAAAGGGGGUAAGAAAUUCAAGAUGGGUAUUAAGGGACGCACAGGUGAAGAUGCAUUUUUUUUUUGGUGGGGGGCAAGAAAGGCAAAAUGCAUUUUCACCUGUGUAGCCACAAAUCCUUGCUCGGUUCCUGGUGGCAGCCUGGCAGGCACCACAGUGCCUACCUUUAUUAUAGCGAGAUUGAACGAGUGAGCUGGUUAGGGGGAAUCCUGGUGCCAUGCCGGCAAUGCGCUGUUUUGGUCCCCAUUAAUGGCGGCAAGCGGCAGGAAGUGCCUGCCGCCUCUCUGUAUUAAGUCAAUAAAUCUGGUGAUUAUAUGUUUUAAAGUCUUUAAAGUCGUUUUAAAGUUUAAAAUUAUAGAACAAUCUGGUUGUUCUACAUUUACUAUUAUUAAAAUAUCAAUCCAUACUGUGAUCAGUAUUUUGCAGGAAAUUUGCAAAUCACCACAGUUGACUUUUUAGUCAACAGAAACGAUUGAUAAUUUUCAAAAAUGCUGUCUUGGGCUCUCAUAUUUUAGUUGUCAAGACUUCAUCAAAAACUUUCAGCUCCAUAAAUCUUGAGUAUAGAGUUUUGAUUUAGGAGACCACAGCAAAAAUUCAAACUUGAUACCUCGAUACUUGAACAUACGUGAUGUUGUUUCCGAAGUAUUAAUAAGCAUAAAUAUGAAAGCAGGUAGGGAUAAAAACCAUCAUAAUUCAAGUAUCAGCUGAUUUCCCAGUUAGAGGUUUGGUUAAAAGGUUUCUGUUCCUUUUCAUAGAUUGAGUCUGAUUGAGCCUGGGCCUGUUGUCACAGAGUUUGAAAAGAAGGUUUAUGAAGAUGGAUUGACAAUGGACCUUUCAGCUGCCGAUAAGGAAACCGCUGAGAUGUUCACCAAUGUGUACCUUAAAAACUACAAGUCUAUCUUCCAAAGUCUGGGUCAGACAGCUGAAGACGUUGCAGAGGUAUUUCUAAAUAUUAUCAUAGCGUACACACAGAGUACAUUGAGAUACGACAGCCUAUCCUCUUUCUGCACCAGGUUGUAAUAAUAGGUUGUAAUAAUUGACAGGCCUAGAUGCAUUCAAGUUGAAUUACUAGGCAGCAUCAAUGGCCGUACUGCUGCUUAAUUCGACAACGCUAAGAAGUUAGUUAAAAGAUCCGUGAUAUUUACUAUCAUGCGACACAGGCAGGCUUUCGAGAAUAAAUUAGCUCUGUCAGCAGAUCUAUUUCCCUAGUGCAAGUGUUAGGAAUGCACAAUGCCAAGAAAAUAUCAGGUUUAGGUUGGUCAGUUAAAGUUCCAAAUGGCGACACUUUGUUGAUGUCUGCUGUUGUAAAUCAGUACAACUAGUAUAUUAAAAAAUACUUUACAUUACCUUCUUGAAAGCUAUGUACCACACACCACAAGGUGCCCUCAUACUCCCUAACAUCAACCCACCACGCUUCACUAUUGCGAACGGAACAAGACAGGGAUGCCCUCUCUCACCCAUACUAUUUGCGAUCUCGCUGGAACCCCUGAUGCAAGCAAUACGCACCGACCCAGACAUAAAAGGACUACAAAUAAGGGGAGAAGUCUUCAAAGUAGCAGCGUAUGCGGACGACGUCCUGCUAACGCUCACCGACCCCGAAACAUCAAUAGCGGCCCUACUGACCUUAAUACAAACAUACUCCACAUUGAGUGGCUAUAGACUCAACAUCGCAAAGUCGGAACUACUACCACUAAAUAUCACUGAGGCAAGAUUGCAACACAUCCAAAACCUAUUCCCAGCAUGCACCUGCCACGAUUCCAUCACAUACCUGGGAAUCCAACUUACAAGUGACUUGACACGCCUAUACGAGGCAAACUACAAACCCAUACUUCACCAGGCCCGCGAGGACCUGAGAAGAUGGCAACCACUAGGGAUAUCAUGGCUGGGCAGGGUAACCUCAAUUAAAAUGAAUCUCCUGCCCAGAUUCCUUUACUUGUUCCAAACCCUGCCCAUCCCUGUCCACAAACAGGAUCUUAAAACACUCCAAAAGGAAGUGGACUCCUUUGUUUGGAACGGCCGAAAGCCACGGGUGCAAAAGUACACGCUCUACGUCCCCAGACGAGCGGGAGGCCUAGGACUCCCAAACUUCACACAUUAUCUGACAGCAACACGUCUGGCCCAAAUACAACAGUGGCAUCUCCCACCGGGUAAAAAACGAUGGGUAGACCUAGAGCACCUGAUAUUUGGCUGGGACCACCCGUCCCUAUAUAUGUGGCUACCCAAAACACAAAGACCACUACCACCACCCACAUCCCCCGCGAUAACAAACUCCCUAGAUCUAUGGGACAAAGCAAAAGACACAAACGACCUGUCCUCCUAUCUAUCCCCGAUCUCCCCCAUAUGGAGAAACAAACUAUUCCCACCAGGUCUAACCCCAGCACACUUCGCAAGCUUUGACAAUAGGAAUAUAUGUAGAUUGCAACACCUAUACGCGGCAGAUGCUAUCAUCGCCUACAACGAUUUACCAGACAAGGACACACUCACUACAUUUGAUCACUUUAGAUACCUGCAACUCAGAAGUUUCGCUGCCACACCCGUCAUCAAACAGGCAGGCACAGCCCCUCUAACACGAUUUGAACGAGAUAGUAUGGACCACACAGCGAGAAGGGGCCAAAUCUCAGACCUCUACACCACUAUAGCAACACACCCAACCCAGGUGAAGCUCUCCUACAUCAGGGCAUGGGAAAAGGAUCUAGGCACACUGGAAGACCCCACAGAGUGGUCAGAUAUAUGGGAAGCCAUAGCCACCACCUCAAUAUGCGUCACCCACAAGGAACAAGCAUAUAAAAUGCUGUUCCGGUGGUACUUGACACCACAAAGACUAGCUGCCAUGAGAGCAACUCACCCCAACCUCUGUUGGAAAGGUUGCGGAGAAAUAGGCACCUUCCUUCACUGUUGGUGGUUCUGUCCUAAACUGAAACCGCUCUGGCAAAGUAUCACAACCCUGAUCACUAGACUAUUCGACAGACCAUGCCCCAUGGAUCCCUGGCUACUAUUACUAUCCAAACCUAGUGACACCUACACAAGAAGAGAAAACAAACUAAUAGCAAGAAUAACACUCGCAGCUCGCAGAGCGAUCGCUGAACAGUGGGCCACACCACACAUCCCAUCGCAAGUUGCCAUCACACACAAGAUACAGGACAGCGCAAACAUGGACAGCCUCACAGCCCAAAUACACGAAACAACCACACAAUACCACAAGCUCUGGGACCCCUGGCUAAACGGAGACACUACACUACCCUGGUAAAACUAAUUAUCAAGAAAUACACCACAAAAGACCUAAUACCUCAUAAAACUGUUCCUACAGAGACAUACCCAUGCUAAGAUACACUCUUAGCACCCACGGCAAACCAAAUCAAGACCUGCAAGCCCGGGCUGGGGAGGGGAUGGGGGGACCGGUCGAUGCACCCCUACCUCACCCGGAUCCAGAAACAUCCUGGCUUUUCAUGCCACUAUCCCACCUCCCUCUUUCCCCACUAAUGGACACAACUCAGGGAGGCUACAACUAUCACGACAAACUUCUACCUACAUAACAAAUCCCAACAGUCACCUACAGUAGCAGACACAGACAAGGGAACCAAAAGACCCCCGGAACGUCUUGAGAGUCGAGGAAACCCCACCAAAGCUCAGGGAUAAAACCGAGCCACCAACAAAAAGACUAACAGAUAGAAAACGUAGGGCCCUCAGAAAUACCAGCACCAGUGAAAACCAAUAGCCAGAAACAGAUACCCUACCCACAGAAAACCCUGAAACUCGGCCUGAAGGGCCGAGGAACCAAAGACAUAGACAGCACAAGCCUAACCACUCACUAGACUGACGGGACGUUCCGGUCCUCCAAGCACGCCAUAGCAGCACAAUGACGACUAACCUACCCUCACCUACCCAAACAACGAAUUGUCAAACAGGAUAUCUCAAAACAGAACAAGCUUGCAAUGUAUAUAUGACAAGGAAACGUUGUAUCCCCCUACCCUCUCUUCAUUCUGUACCCUAAAACCAAACGCAAAAGAAAAAUGACAAAAAUAAAGAAUUUAAAAAAAAAAUAAAAAAAAUACUUUAGCAUGUCAUAAGAGAGACCCAAUCUGUGCUUUUGCACUGGAGCAGUUGAUCAGGUCUCUCCAUGUUAAAAUUAAUUUAAAACCUUGGGGUCUCCCGGAAUAUUUGAACAAUAGUUACAUUAGAUCAAUGUUUCAGUCCAUAUGUAGACUUUAAUCAAAAUAACCCACAAAUGCCAGACACUCACCUUAAAUAUUAAUGCAAUACGUGCAUGUAACGAGAGACCAGCCCGGUUACAGAGGGGGAAUAGAGAGACACAGGGGAAGAGGGAAGAAAGAGACAGUGGGAAAAUAGAGAGAGAGAGACACAGGGGGAGAAAGAGACAGAGGGGGAAUAGAGAGACAGGGGGGAGAAAGAGACAGAGAGGGAAUAGAGACACACAGGGGAAGGGGGAAGAAAGAGACACAGGAGGAGGUGGAACAAAGAAGCAGAGGGGGAAUAGAGAGAGAGACAGACAGAGGGAGGGGGGAGAAAGAGACAGAGCGGAAGAGAGAGAUAUAGGGGGUGGAAUAGGGUGAAUAGAGAGAUGGGGAAGGGGGGAGAAAGAGACAGAGAGGGAAUAGAGAGACACGGUUGAAGGGGGAGACACAGGGGAGAAAAGCAGAGGGGGAAUAGAGAGAGAGACACACAGAGGGAGGGGGGAGAAAGAGACAGAGGGGAAGAGAGAGACACAGGGGGAGAAAUAGGGUGAAUAGAGAGAUGGGGAAGGGGGAGAAAGAGACAGGGGGAGAAAGAGACAGAGAGGGAACAAAGAGACACAGGGGAAGGGGGAAGAAAGAGACACGGGGAGGGGGAAUAAAGAAGCAGAGGGGGAAUAGAGAGAGAGACACACAGAGGGAGGGUGAAAAGAGACAGAGGCGAAGAGAGAGACAGGGGGAGAAAUAGGGUGAAUAGAGAGAUGGGGAGGGGGGGAGAAAGAGACAGGGGAAGAAAGAGACAGAGAGGGAAUAAAGAGAGACGGGGGAGAAAGAGACAGAGAGGGAAUAGAGAGACACAGGCGAAGGGGAAGACAGAGACAGGGGGAAUAGAGAUACACAGGGGGAUGGGGAAAAAAGAAGCAGAGGGGGAAUAGAGAGAGAGACACACAGAAGGAGGGGGAGAAAGAGACAGAGGGGAAGAGAGAGACACAGGGGGAGAAAGAGGGUGAAAAGAGAGAUGGGGAAGGGGGAGAAAAAGAAGGAGGCGGAAGAAAGAUGUGGGGGAGAGAGAGACACAGGGAAAGGGAGUAGAAAGAUAGAGGGGUAGAGAACUAAGGAAAGACAGAUGGGGAAGAGAGAGACACAUGGGGGAAAAGAGGCAGAGGGGAGGUUUGAUAAAGAAACAGGGGAAAGAGAGAGGCACAGGGGGAAGGGAAAAAGAGACAGAGUGGGAAGGAGAGGGGAGACAUGGAAACAGGAGCAGUGAGGGGGAGAAAAAAAUAUACAGAGGGACUGGGGGGAGACAAAGAGGCACACAGAGGGGCUGGAGGUAGAAAGAGACACACAGAGGGGCUUCGGAAGGGGAGAAAGAUACAAACAGAGGGGUGAAGAAGGGUAAAAUGGGACACACUGUGAUGAAGUAAAAGACACACAAGGGGAGUCACAAGGGGGAACAGGAAACACAAAAAGCGGCAAGAAAUUCAAAAGGUGUUUAAGAAAAACACAAGAGAAGAUACUUUUGUGAGUGCGUGUGUGGGGGGGGUGGGGAUUGCAUUUUCACCAGUGUCUACUGCUCUCCCUCUAACUCCGUUCUUCAGUACAGGACUCUAUGCUGAAGAGCUAAUUAACAGGUGAGAGAAAUACCUCUUAUUAAAUAGAUUUUCCUUCCAAUACAUACAUUUUGCUAGCAAUCUUGCUAACACAAUGUACAGAUAGACGUUGCAAUUGAUGUCAUUCUGACAGUAAUACAGAUAUAUAUAUAUAUAUAUAGAGAGAGAGAGAUAUGUAUAUUAAUGUGUGUAUUAGUAAUAUAUAAUGAUGGUGCCAGGUCCCUCUAGGAUUAACCCAUUUUUUUAUAAACAUAGCAGUUUCACAGAAACUGCUAUGUUUAUAAAUGGGUUAAUCCAUCCUCCAAAUCCUCUAGCGGCUGUCUCAUUGACAGCCGCUAGAGGCGCUUGCGUGAUUCUCACUGUGAAAAUCACAGUGAGAACACGCAAGCGUCCAUAGGAAAGCAUUAUGAAUGCUUUCCUAUGAGACCGGCUGAAUGCGCGCGCAGCUCUUGCCGCGCAUGCGCAUUCAGCCGAAUGGGAGGAUCAGAGGCGGAGAGGAGGAGGAGAGCUCCCCGCCCGGCGCUGGAAAAAAGGUAAGUUUUACCCCUUUCCUCUCCCCAGAGCCGCGCGGGAGGGGGUCCCCUCAGGGCACUAUAGUGGUCCUUUAAUAUGUCAAGGUAGUUGGACUGAAACAUUGAUUAUAUGCAAAGGCAAUUCUGCUUAUAAUACAGCUGCUCUUUUGUUUAUUUUGAAGCCUAUGAGUGCUUUCUUUCAUGUAAAUAGUUUUUAAUUUUAAAUUGUCUUUUCCACCUCUAUAUCAGCACACUAUGCUGGCGCGAUGCAUUAUUGGGCUGGUAUAGAAUUUUUUUCCAGUCUGGCCCUUCUAAGACUGCAUGGACAGGCUAUAGACUCCAGAACUUAUAUAUUGAGCCAAAGUGGUUCUGGUGACUAUAGUUUCCCUUUAAUCAAGGCAGGUCUAAAGGUCUACUAGGUAAUUAUCUGAAAAUGCAAAAUAGGUUUUAAUUGUAUCCUGAUUUUAUUUUCUUCUAUAUCUGCAGCACACUAUGAAGAUCAUUUUGGCUGAAAAUCCUCCUUUUCGGCACCAAACGAACACCCUGUACACGCCUAUGACAACACUAAAAUAUGCUGAUCCCAAUGGUGAUCUGCCUAUCGACACCUUCUAUAAAAUGGUUUUCCAACAUGAUAAAGUUUUUAACGCAAGCCUUAAUUUUAUAAAACUCUUGAGAUGGAGAAGCAAGAAGAGUUUUGACCUAGGCAAACCGCAGUCUUAAAAAUGGUGGGCACCAUGCAAAUACUAUACCUUGAUCACUUUCUAUGCAAAAUGUAUUAAUGUAUUUUGUAAUUAAUUAUCUCCAUAUUGCUCCAAAGGUAGCUUAUUGUACUUUAAACCCAUUAAGGAAGAUCAUUUUUAUCUGAUAUGGUGUUGUAAGAUGUUGUGUAGUGUCAUCAAAGUGUGUAGCAGAGACAAUAUUACUGUAUCGUUUUUUUUCUACUUUUUUCCCAUUAAAGACCAUAUUUAUAACCCCUUACAGAUGAUGCCAAUCUGGUCCCUAAAAAUCCUGUAUUAGUAUGGUAGCCCUGCUUAUUUUGUCUUUGCAGUUCUCCCUAGCCAUGCAUUCAUUAAAUAAGUGGGAGAUUUUGUUUUCAUAAAAGCUAGCUUGUUGUGAUGUAUUAUUACAUAAUUGGUCCUUAAAGGGACACUAUAGUCACCUGAACAACUUUAGCUUAAUGAAGCAGUUUUGGUGUAUAGAACAUGCCCCAUGCUGCCUCACUUCUCAAUCCUCUGCCAUUUAGGAGUUAAAUUCCUUUGUUUAUGAACCCUAGUCACACCUCCCUGCAUGUGACUUGCACAGCCUUCCAUAAACACUUCAUGUAAAGAGAGCCCUAUUUAGGCUUUCUUUAUUGCAAGUUCUGUUUAAUUAAGAUUUUCUUAUCCCCUGCUAUGUUAAUAGCUUGCUAGACCCUGCACGAGCCUCCUGUAUGUGGUUAAAGUUCAUUUUAGAGAUUGAGAUACAGUUUUUUUUCAUGCAGGCUAUGUCAAUCAUAGCCAGGGGAGGUGUGGCUAGGGCUGCAUAAACAGAAACAAAGUGAUUUAACUCCUAGAUGACAGUGAAUUGAGCAGUGAAAUUGCAGGGGAAUGAUCCAUACACUAAAACUGCUUUAUUUAGCUAAAGUUCAAUUUAGGUGACUAUAGUGUUCCUUUAAGGUGUUAAGCAAUAGCUUCUUUGUAUUCGAAUUAGUAAAGGCUCACAGUUCUAAUAUUGCUAUUAGUUAAUUUGUAAAUAUAUUAAGACUUUUAGAAGCUGUAUUCAUGUUAAGAAAUGUAUUAUGUGUUUAUGCGUACUGGAGUUUGUAUGUAGCAAUGUAUAUUGAAAUAUUUGUUGGCUUAUCUCUGUAAUUUCAUUUUAUCUAAAGUAUUUGAUAAAUAUUGCAGUAAAUAAAAAAAAUGUGAAAGUGCUUAAGAAAUAGUAAUAAUGUGUAUACACAGUUUAGCUGCACUACACAAAGCGACACAAAAGUGAC